AUGUUAAAACACUUCAUUCUCGUUACCUUGUUUCUAACUUUAAAUUUGGCUUGGUUAGCUCAAUCUACCCCUGCCCAAAAUUACCUUGAACACUGCUCUGGCGCUAUAACCAAAGAAUCUACCAAAAAUGUCGUUUCUUUUUCAAAACCCUCUCAUCAAAAUGUUGUAAUUAUCAAAGGAUCUGAAGAAAUUGAUUAUUCUCUUUCAGAACCCUCUAUUCAAUAUUCUCCUUCAAAAUCUUCUUUUCAAAAACUUGAAACUGACAAAGAAUCUACAGACGGAAUCGUUUUCUCUCUUUCAGGACCUAAAGUUCGUGAUUGCGAAUAUUGUGGUGGAUUUGAUAAAUUCGAAUGUGCUCAUGAAUGUUACAUCAGAGGCUAUAAAUAUUAUGCUUGUGGAGAAUGCUAUUGUCAUUGUUCAAACUAG